AUGAAAAACGACAAAUCCAAGGAAAAUGUUGAUAAAAGUUCUUCGGAGGAAAUGGUAAUACAAAAUUCUAAAGAUAUGACUACAUUGAUCGAUUCUUGUCGGAAAAUUCAAGAACAAAAGCAAUAUCAUUCCAUUACACAAAUUGAAUUUAUUAAUCUUGCUACUAACAAAUUAAUACAUCCAUUCAAUAAUUACAAUUUAAAAGGAUUUAAUAUGAGACAAAUUAAUUUAGCAGAUUUUCUAGUGAGAGAUACAAUUAUUUCAGAUAGUGAUUUUACUGAAAGUAAAUUGGAAAAUAUUCAAUUCAUUCUUUGUAAAUUUAAUAAUAGUAAUUUUAAUUAUGAGAAUUUUGAAAAUGUUACAUUUACAGAUUGUAUUUAUGAUGAUAAUUGUUCAUUUUCAGGUGAAAAACAAUUAAAAGGAAUAGCUCUAAAUCAAAAUAGUAUUAAAUUUGAAAUUUUGGAUCAAAAAAAUAAUUGGAUUAUUAAUUAUUUAGAUCUCAAUAAUAAUGUUGGAUAUAAACUUGCUAAAUUUAUUGGUAAAUUGAAUAAUUUAAUAACACUAAAUAUCACUUCUUGUAAUAUUGGAGAAGAAGGUUCAAAGGAAAUUGCUAAAUUAAGUAAUUUAACAGAACUUAAAAUUGAUAAUAACAAUAUUGGAUCUGAAGGUGUAAAAUAUAUUGCUCAAUUGAGUAAUUUAACAUCACUUAAUGUAUAUAAUAAUAACAUUGGAACAGAAGGUGCAAAAGAAAUUGGUAAAUUACUAAAUUUAAAAACUCUUAAUAUUGAUAAUAAUUAUAUUGGAGAUGAAGGAGCACAAGAAAUUUCCAAAUUAAUCAAUUUAACAUCAUUAAAUAUGUAUAAAAAUAGUAUCGGAUAUGAGGGUGCAAAAGCAAUUUCUAAAUUGGGUAAUUUAAGAGCUCUUACUAUAUAUAAUAAUUAUAUUGGAGAAGAAGGUGCAAAAGAAAUUAGUAAAUUGACUAACUUAACCUCGCUCAAUAUCAGUAAUAAUAAUAUUGGAGAUGAAGGCGCAAAAGAAAUUACUAAAUUAAGUAAUUUAACAGGACUUAAAAUUGAUAAUAAUAAUAUUGGAUAUGAAGCUGCUAAAGAAAUCAGGCAAUUGUUGAAGAAUUUAAAAUAUUUGGGAAACAUCAAUUAA